AAUAAAAGCAAGAAACGAAAAAAUACAAUUUCCCAUUUAUCUUAUUGUUAGUAAUUCUCAUUAGAUGUUUCUAUUUAAAGAUCAGUGUCAUGGUCUAACGUAGAAAUUCAAUAAAGUCCCCCAGACUCCGAUUUCGAUGUACUCGUUUGAACGGCACUAUUGUUGACAUAUUGGGAACAGACUGUGCGGUAUUAGGAGGAUAAUCGAUGAAGGACAUGUAACUUGUGUUUAAUAGUAGGUUAGAGGUUUCAACACAAUCUAAAAUAGAAUCAAAAAGGAAAUUAUUUAUGUUAUUUGUGUCGAUUUAUAAUAUAAUAAUUGCCGUUUGAGAUAAGUUUUAGCGAAACGCUGUCAAGAACCCUUUACGUCUCGCACAUUCUCGACAGAGACACCAAGCAAGUUCUGAAAACCCUUAGGGGUUGGAAGAUAAUUUUAGAAUGCGGCGUCGUUGACCCAGUUACCACUUCAAAUUACUGCAUAUAACGUUCUUAAAUCCUUUGAACUAAACGAAAUAUUUUAACUAUGCGUUAUCGUUCAAAUUGUUAGACAUAUUCCACAAAGAGUUCCAAAAAUAAUGAUAUUUAUUUCUGCAACGUCACUACGCAAGGUUAUAUGUUACUUAACAGGAUGGAACGAUUUAAAAGUAAACUUACAUCUUAAUCGCCAAAUGUAGUGUAAGUUAAAUAUGAAAUCACCUUGAAAUGUAAACAUUUUAAUUGAUUGUUAAAAUUGUGAUCUAUAUUAUUAAUAAAACAACGUCAGUGUCAAAUCGUACUGGUGUCAAGGUAUGUAUUAAUCAACAAAGACAAAAUUUUCGUAAUCUAAACGGUAAUGAUGCACAUGAUAUAAUAUAUAUAGCAGAUUUAAUAAAGGAAUGGCCCCAUCAUUAACAAAAUCGGAACAUUGGUUGACGUUGAUGUGUUGUUCUCAAUGUAAGCAAACUCCAGAUGAAUCCCCAAUUUACAUUUGCAGUUUGGGACAUUCGCUUUGUUUGAAUUGUUUCAAAAAUUUAACUCACCACGGUGUACCUAAAUGCUCAACGUGCAAAUCAACCAAAUUUACGGCAAAAAUGGUGUCUUCAGAUUUCCUGAAAAAGUUAAAAACUCGUCCUGGUAUAGGUAGACCGUAUCGAUACGGUAAAGUGGAUCAAAAUCAAGCAUCAUCCAAGAAUUUUUCAUUUUCCCAAGAUAAUAUGAAAACUAACGAUGAAACUGUAACCAUCGAAAAGCUCUUUCAAAUGUCCACCCAUGAAUUACAAAGAUUUUUCGAUGAAACAUCACGAAGAAGAACGAAACUCACAACUUUACAUGCUGGCGCGAACAAGAGUCGCAUGCCACCAAAACCUCUAACAAACAAUACUAGUUGUGUAUGGUCCUCACACUAUUCUAAUCUUUUAAAGGAUGAAAGUGUUCCCGGGACGAGUUCGGACUUGAAUAGAAUUCAAAGUUUUACUUCAUUACAAAGUCGAAAACCAUUACGGUGUCCACAUAAUCCUUGUGGAAAAAUCAUAGCCAUGUCAUCGUUUCAAUUGCACUUUAAGCAUGAACACACCGAUAUCCCAAAGACUUCAAUGGACCGUGGAAAAACGUUAACGAUCAAUUUGAAAUCGACUAAUUUCGAAUAUAACCGAACUAUUUGCAUAAAUAUGGUGACAAUUAGGGAAGAGAAUGAAUUGAGCACGAUAACUAAUCCAAACGGAUUUAAUGCCAACAUUGCUAGAAAAUUUCCGGAAAAAGUCGUCGUUGGAACAUAUUGGUUGAUGAUGAGCGGUUCUCGAGAAACGAAACGGACGCACGCUUACAUGCUUUUUUGGUUAUUCACAAACGAAACGAAAGAACAAAGUACUAACGUCAAUUGUACGAUAGAGAUUGCAUCUGAACACGAUGAAAUGGCCUAUUCAACUUUUUGUUCCAUCAAUAUACUUCCCGACGAUCUCUCAGCUAACGCAAUUGCAAAAGGAUUGAAUUGUUUAUACGUCACUUAUGGUGGGAUUGAAACUUUACUGUCGUAUGGACCAAACCUUUUACUCAGGCUUACUGUACAUUAAAACGUAAUGUCCGUUUGUUAUAGAACAACAAUAUUGUUAAUGUAAUUGUAGUAGAUUGAAAUGUAAUACUAUAUAAUUUUUAUUAAAAAAUGUGAAAGUUUGAAUUCAAUAAUAGUAGUAAUAUAAUAAAU